CGGGCUCGGUGUCCAAACAGAAGCUCGGAGCUGUAAUGUGGCGUUGAAGCGGAGCAGAAAGGCGUGCUGUUAGAAACACCGCGCUUUCUCUCUUUCUCUCUCUUGUUUCAGCAGGAUGUGGGCAGCUUGUACGGAAAUGCUUUCCAACUGGACAGGAGUUAAGUUUGAGACGCGAUAUCUGAUAAAUGAGUAGUCAGAUUAGCGUGCACUUAGGAGAUAAAAGUCCACACCUCAUCCACAUGCGGUUAAAGUCGAUCCACAGAGACCUCGUUCUAAAUCACAGCAGGUGAGAGCAGUCGGGUAUCACGCCGGUUAUAAACUGCAGAGGAUAUCCAGACAGAUGGCCACGCCAUUUGUGCCGGUGCCUGUGCCCAUCGAUCAAGUUCUUUCAGCCUCCUCCGGUGCCAGACGGCCCAAACGGGCAUCGAGCGUGGGCAGUGCGUCCAGCAGUUCGGAGUCUUCUUCCACUAAAGGUGCAGCGGAAGACAGUGGUUUAGGGAGAAGCGGGAAUGUGAGCUGCUUCAUUGCUUCGUGUCAGAGUCCUGUAACAAAGGCCAGGGUGAACGGAGUCGAGUCCACAGUGGAGUAUUCCAGCUGCGUAAGGCCGGAUACGCCAACAGACGCACUCGGAUGGGAGGAGAGACCCAUAACUCCCACGGUGCUCGGCUACGAGGUCAUGGAGGAGAGAGCGAAGUUCACGGUGUAUAAGAUUCUGGUGAAGAGGACGCAGGACGAGAGCUGGGUGGUGUUCCGGCGUUACACCGACUUUUCCAGACUCAAUGACAAGUUAAAGGAAAUGUUUCCUGGGUUCCGUCUCGCCCUACCACCUAAACGCUGGUUUAAAGAUAACUACGACACUGACUUCCUGGAGGACAGACAGUUAGGCCUGCAGGCCUUUCUACAGAAUCUGGUGGCUCACAAAGACAUCGCUAACUGUGUUCCAGUGCGAGAGUUCCUUUGUCUGGACGAGCCUCCGGGACCUUUCGACAGUCUCGAGGAGAGUCGGGCGUUCUGCGAGACUCUGGAGGAGGGUAAUUAUCGGCUGCAGAAGGAACUGCUGGAGAAGCAGAAAGAGAUCAGUUCCUUAAAGAAGAUUUUGGAGGAGAAAGAGCUGUACAUACACCUGCUCGAGAAGAGGAUCAAUGGUGAGUCUCUGACUCCGGAGAGCCCGUACGGUCUGUCUGCUCAGGGCAGUGAGAGCAGCGUGGAUGCAGAGAGCUCGACCGCUGAGGCAGACCAAGACAUGCCAGAGGAGACGGGCAGCUGUGAGCACCAGGCAUCACGGAGCUCCUCAGCGUGUUGGUGUGGUCCGACCAUUAGCAGCUCACCUCCGGUCAUCCAGGUCACUCAGGUGGAGCAGUGAAUCAGAACCAAAACUGGACCCUUUCUCUCUCUCUCUCUCUCUUUCUCUCUCUCUCUCUCUCUCUCUCUCUCUCUCUCUCUCUCUCUCUCUCUCUCUCCUCCUCCUUUCUAUCUCUCUUCCCCAAGUUCUUGCACUCUCUCUUAACUUCAUAGUCGAUCAUCUCAGAGACCGAGAGAUGCGUUUCUUCUAUACACAGUUUAGAGAGAGAGAGAGAGAGAGAGAUGAAUUGGCAUGUUAUGGGGGAGCUGAAAUCUGGUCCACUCCCUGUAGAGACCGAAGAACUUCUGAGCAUUAAGUUGGCUUAUCUGAAUCUGCACCGAGAGAUGUUAUUGAAUUUUUAACUUCUCAUGCAGAGGUGCCAACAUGUACAGUUUAGCCAUAACCUUUACGAUUUUUAACCUUUCAUCAAUACAGGAGAUGCUUAGGGUUGUUUUCUCUUCUUUCCUAAUCGCAUGAAGCAGAAGUCCAAACAAACGUGAAUAAAAUUCACCAAUUCCCUCAAGUGGACAGGACGUGAAAGACGCGCUUUAGCUUCUGUAGCGUUGCCUCUGGUAAAAGACACUUUAACGAUGUGAACUUCGACACGCGAAUUCACGAGCCUCCGCCUCGGGAGCCGAUAGAAAAGAAGGCGGCGGGUCCGUGUGAAAAAUGAAGAAGUUGCUUGUUAUUAAGUAGCACUCACAGCAGACUUGAGCUUUUCUGUUUUCAUCUUGGGAAUUAAACUGACACUGGCACUUCUGCUUGCUAGGAUUUUCUUGUUAAUAAUGUUGGCACCUUUUGUAUCAAGACACUUCACCGUGUGACAAUCCAGAGAGAGUAACUGCCUUCGCUCCAGAAACACAGCGGCGUGAAUCCGCCAUGUGGCUAACGCAGUUACUGCAGUCAUCUACUCAGGAAGGACAGACUGUUUCCCCUGUGCUGCUGUUGGUGUUUCAUCAGGGCUAUGAACUGAUGUCUGAAUAUUCCAGUUGGCAUUUCAUUCCCAGCUGGUAGACGCUCUGGAUUUAAUGCUUCCUUGUUUGAGUUUUGCCUUUCGUGUCAUGUCGUGUCACUUCGCACUGCCGUUGCCUCAUUCACAAUAGAAAUGCAGUUCAUCGGUGUAUAGGAGCGAAAAAUUACGCAUUGAUAAGCCUGAAGUCAUUUUUUUAUUAUUAUUAUUAUUAAUUUCAGACGCGUUAAUUUCUCGUUGCUACGUUUUGCCUCGGUCAUUGUGAGAUCCUGAACACGAAGUAAACUUUAGCUGUAAACAUGCUGCAAGUUGUUGCAAAAAAAACAAAACAACCCCCGAUAAUCUGCUCACUCGAUUAAUCAGAUCCGAUGUCGGAAUAGCUCUGGAAGGGAUCAGAGCUAAUGAUCAUUGUUCUCAAUUAUUUCAAAGUGUUUAGUCUUUUUGUCAAGUGACUCGACUGUUUUUUUUUUUGUUUUUUUUUUUUUCUUUUUCUACGCCUGAAAUUGAUUAGAUCUGUUCUGUGCAGUCAGUAGUGAUCGUUGUGCUUCAAUACAUACAAUUUGCCACCGACAAACUUUUAGAUGAAGGAUGUCACCUUAAGUGUCAAUACAAGUCAUGGAAAAAGAAACAUAGAACACUAAUAACCUAAAAAAAAGAAAAAAACACUAGAGCUUCCGCAUCACCGUUUGUGCUAGAUGUGUGUUAAUGUGUAAAUAUGUUUAAAUGGUCACUCUCGCAGCUAUUUGUUAGAGCAGGUACCACAUAGCGUUUAAGGCAUUCGCUGCUUGUAAAUGGUCACAUCGGGUCACGUGUUGCACUUUAAUAUCUGCUGGGAUUGUGGGAUACGGUGUGUUUAAGCUAGCAGGCGAAGCUUCCGUGUGUUUGAACGCUACAUAUAGCUUCAAAUGAAGUACAGUGCCUUUAUCUGCAUCUUGUAUAUAUUUGUGUCUACACACUUAUUUUAAUUGUGUGUCUUUAUGUGUGUGCGCGCACAAAUGUGCAGAUUCUUCCGAAAUCAACUUCCCUGCUAACAUAGUGCCUUCUUCCCAUUAUUGUCAUUUGAAAUACCCGAUGUUGUGAUUUGUUUUUUUUUGUUUUUUGUUUUUUUUGUUUUGUUUGUUUUUCCUCUGUUUUCUCUUCCUUUAGGGUUGAUACCAAAUGACCAAAUGGCUGUUGGGGUGACUUUAGACUUUUAAAUGAUCCAGAUAAUCCUCAUCUGUGGUCAAAGCAUUAACGAGGCUACUGACAAAUAGGGUCACUCACCCGUUAUUGUUUUUCCUGGGAUCAUACUCUUUCCGUAUUUAACUAAACUGCACAUUUAAUGUUUUCACGUUGUUGUACAUGGGAUUAAAUCGAUCCGAUCCACGUGUAGGUCGAUUGUUUACUCCUAGGCAACGGUCUCUAUGUAAAAUGUGCAAAAAUAAAUAAAUGAAUCUUAUGCAACGGUUCAGUAGAUGCAAUUAAAAAUGUUGAAAUGUUCUGUUGGUUCAUCUUGACCUUUCUCCCCCCCAUCCCCCCCCCCCCCCCCCCCCCCCCCCCUUCACGUUUGUCUUAUUUAGCCAUAGACGAAUAUUCUUUUUUCUCAUUGAAAUGUAACACUUGAAAAAAGGAUUGUGGUUUUAAAUUAGCAUUCUUUUUUUUUUUUUUUUUUUUUUUUUGCAGAUCUUAUAGAAAUAUAGACGUUUAGUUCACAUGGUAACAAAGUCUAUUAUCUGUUGAGGGAUAAUAAAAGCUUUCAGAAGUA